AUGGCAACAGAUAUAGAUGAUAACCAUGAUAAUGAAGGGUUAUCCAACGACCCUGGGAUAGAGGAGGUAAACGGGAAAGACGUAGACCACGAUAUGAGGGAGAAUGGUGGCCGAGAAGAAGAGAACGCAAAGAAGAAAUCUGAUCUCGCCGCUGAACUAUCCGAGGAUGACAAGAUAAGUGAUAGGAGAUGGAGAAUGAUCCUAUAUAACGAAUCCUAUCAUGAUCCCGAGGCACUUCAAGAGAGACUGUCAAUUCCACCAAGUACUGGCGUAAUUAACGAGCUAACCUGGUCGGAGUACGGCGUGAGAGCUGAUCUCGACCCGAAAGCUAGCACGAAUACUUGGCAGCACGUAGCAGAGCUUGAUCCAACACCGAAGCCAGUGAUUGAGGUGCUAAUAGAAGAGCCGAGAUAUGAUAUAAUUCGAAAGACCGAGAAGAUCCAACUUCCAGGUCAGCAAAACCCCCAAGGGAAAUUACCGGGCGUUGAAAUGCCGAGUCAACAUGACUUUAUACCAAGCGCAGCAAGUAGGGAAAAGCCGGGGACGCCUUAUCGUAUCCGAAUUAGAUCACCAAUCCUGUUAAGAGUGCUCAAAGAAGCGACGGGGCUUGAGACAGUUGUUGGCCAGCACCGGCACAAACUCGUAUUCUUCAAACCAUUCAAACUCCUAGUUGAGUAUACUGAUAAAUUACGGGAUCAUCUUCAACGAAUUAGUAGUAAAGCUACCCCGUCUGGCGGAUAUCAUGGUGUCCCUAACGAGACAGAGACGGAAGAGGCACAAGCCCAUCUUAGCCUCUUGUGCGAAAUGAUACGUAAAUACCUACAGCCCAAGGUUAAUCUACGACAUCGAUUAAGUCCUAUCGGACAAAUGGUUUGUUUCGAAGAUCUCUGGUACAUAUUCAAAACCGGAGAUGAAGUACGAACGACGGGUAAGAGCCAAGUUCAGCUAUACCGCAUACUUAAAGUAACAGGUGGUCGAGAUAUUUUAAACCCGUGGAAAGAGCCUCCUACCAACCAUGCGUCGAUCAAGUUGAAAGAAGCGGGCUAUUCUACCGGGUCACUCAUCAUAGAGUGCUUCUAUAUGCACUUUGACGGCAAGCAGUAUGGACCUGUCAACCAAACAUUCCAGAUGCCUAAAUUUGAUGGUGCAAGGGAGAUUACAUCGCUCCCGGUCAUCCCUCUCGAAAUUGAAGCUGAUAGUAAGAACCUCCGAAAUGAACUACUGGAAAGGGGGAAGAAAUUUGCAGAGCUAUCAAACCCGGCCAAGACGGCGCACAAACUAUACAAGGGCCUGACCCUUGACAAACGCCCAGAGCAGGUUGAGUCUGAGGUUAUUAUUGACUUUAAGCUCUCGUUCGUUGAACAGCCAGAGAACAAGCCCGAGAUAGGGGUCGAGAACCUUGCGGAUGAUGAUCCUCGAGAGCUGAAAGAUAUCCACCCCUAUUGUGCGAUGUGUGAUGCGGUAGGAUGCUGUGGAAACGACGUAAUCUACGACGAUUUUGAAGUUGACGAAAAGGAUCGCAACGAGUUUAGGAACCAAAAACGAUCUAUUCUUAACUCGACGUGGCUUGUAGACCAACUAACAGACGACCAACUAGUAUUGCUACCUCCCAAGGUCUUUGGCUUUGUCCUCCAUACGAGAAGAUGGGCAACGUUUGAUAUCGAUCUUCUCCGCGAAGUCGAGUAUAAGAACGGCUGGAAAAAUCUCGUUAUUGACGACCCCAUCAAGGACACUAUUCUCGCAUUGGUCGAGUAUCACCAAAAGCCCCACAGUCAAGAACCCCAGGGUGAGGGUAUGCUAUCACCAAUAGACCUGGUUCAAGGAAAAGGCAAGGGCCUCACCAUCCUCCUUCAUGGCGAACCUGGUGUUGGCAAGACCAGUACUGCCGAGUGCGUGGCUGAUCAUACCAAGCGUCCGCUAUUCCCAGUCACAUGUGGCGAUAUAGGGGACAAUGCGCAGCUUGUGGAGACGAAUCUUGAGAGGAACUUCCAGCUAGCCCAUAAAUGGGGUUGCGUACUUCUCCUAGACGAAGCUGAUAUAUUUCUGAGUAGACGCACAAACCACGAUAUUACACGAAAUGCUAUUGUUUCGGGUGAGUGUUUAUCUGCCGAUAUUCGUUAUGGUAUUCUCUUCCUCACUACUAAUAGAGUCGGGACUAUUGACAGAGCAUUCAAAUCUCGUAUACACCUUUCUCUUUAUUAUCCAAAGCUAAAUCGAGAGAGAACCUUGCAAAUCUGGGAGAACAACCUGGACAGGCUAAAAGACGAGUUUGAGAGCGAAAAGAGAGAAUUUAAAUUCCCGAAAAAGGAGAUACUCAAGUACGCAGAGAAGCAAUUCAAGAGGUUGAAGAAGUUGCAGCUGCGUCCUUGGAACGGACGGCAAAUCAGAAACGCUUUCCAAACCGCUAUCGCCAUUGCCAACUACGAAGCUAGGACUCAGGGGAAGCCUCUGGAAAUUAGAAAAGAACACUUCGCCAAAGUCGCGGAGAGAGCCAUCGAGUUCGAUAGCUACCUCAAAGAGCUUAGCUUGGGGAAAGACGACUCCCAACUAGCCCGGGACGGAAUCCUCAGACUGGACAAUUGGCCGGGCUACCCAGUUGUAACGCGUCGCGCGGACCCGAUCUAUGCGUACGAGAAAAGCAACAACAAGAGGAAAAAGACAAGCAAAAGGCUAGAGUCUGAGGAAGAUAGUUCGGAAGACUUCCCCUAUGAAAAUUCCAGCGAUGAUGACGACGACGGUGACGACUCCGACGGCGAGAGCGGUGAUGACGACUCCGGGGAUGAUAGUAGUGAUGAGGUGAGAAAACCUAAAAAUAAGUCGAAGAGGAAGAAGAGGUCAUCGGAUGAAGAUGAUUCAAGCGGGGAGGAUCUGAAGCCCAGGAAAAAAAAGUCGAAGAAGAGGAAGAGGUGA